AUAUAUGGGUUUUUAGGUCAAAUAAAUUGAUAGAUUGUAUGUAGAAGCUAGAUGCAUAACAGCCUCGCAAACUGCAAUACCCAACAUGGCAUUUUGGUAAUUGCAAAAGUCACUGAUGCACAAACAUUACAAGAUGCGAACUAUAUAAAUCUGUCAUUCUAUAUUAGAAUUAUUCAUCACACAUUUCCAAAUGGCAACUACUACUUCAAAAUGCAUAAUCCUAGCUAUCAUAUUUGUUGCCAUAACGCCCCAAUUGUUAAUCCAUGCCCAACAAAAAGUUCCUUGCUUUUUCCCGUUUGGAGAUUCUCUAUUUGACAGUGGCAACAAUAACAACCUACUCACUCUCCUUAAAGCUAAUUAUCCCCCUUACGGAAUCGAUUUUAUCUAUGGCAGCACCGGCAGGUUCACCAAUGGAAAACAUAUUCCCGAUAUUCUUGGUCAAUUGUUAGGGUAUGUUGUUAAUGUCCCCCCAAAUACGAUUGGUGAAGGCACCAACACAGUUCUUCGAGGAGUGAAUUAUGCAUCUGGUGGGGCUGGCAUCCUCGACGAGACCUCAUUGCAACUGGGUCAACAAAUCCCCAUGAAUCAACAGCUAAAAAAUCAUCAAGUAAACAUUGGUCGGAUAGCUACUAUACUCGGAAAUCAGACGGCAGCCAAUCAUCUUCUCCGACAGUGUUUGUACACCGUUGACAUGGGAAAUAGCGAUUACGUCAACAACUACUAUGCUUUACCAUUAACCUUGACUAGAAUUCUAUACUCCCCAGAGAGUUUCGCUGAAAAGUUGAUACAUGAAUAUUCUCAGCAACUAACGACUCUGUACAACCUUCAAGCAAGAAAAGUUGCAGUUUUUGGGUUACAACCGUUAGGUUGCAUACCUCGAGAGUUGUUUCUUUAUCCUCCCAAGGGAACUGCAUGCGUUGACUUCAUCAAUGACGCCGUCCGCUUAUUCAAUACUAAGCUUAUUUCACUCGUUCGCCACUUGAACACUAAUCUGCCGGGCGCCAACUUUACCUACAUAAACACAUACGGCAUUUUAUCGGGAAACUUUGCGGCCACCCUCGGUAUUAAAGUUCCAAAUGCUUCAUGCUGUGAAGUAAACAAGAUAACGGGACUGUGUGUUCAAGACGGAGCUGUAUGCAGCAACAGAGAUGAGUAUACAUAUUUCGACGACUAUCAUCUAACACAGAUUGUGGCUAAUUAUACUACUUCUAGAGCUUACAUUGCUCAGACACAAUCUGAUGCAACCCCAGUCGACAUUCAAACUCUCAUUCGGGCGUAGUAAAGUGCUUGCAAAUGCAAUAAAUUAAAGCUCUUGUAAUGAAAUAAGACAUGCAAUAAAGCCAGUGCUAGCUCUGGUUAUUAUAAUUAUGUAAGAAUUGUGUCAAUCCCGAUUCCCUGGUGUAAUCCUAAAACACUGUUGUUCGCUUUAAUAUUAAUAUUAUAAUUAAUAGUAAAA